AUGUUCGAAGGUGAUUACACCACAAUCGGGAAGCGUUGGGACUUGCACCCGCGCGUCGUGAAAGGGUCGUUGAAUCCGAAGCUCGCGACCGUCCUACCUCCUGUUGAGGAUGAGAUUUACCACGGGUUCAACACGAUACUCCCCGCGUGCGACGAUUGGACACCUAUUCAAAUCGCUGGUGUGUUCAAGCAAAUCAUCGCCCGGGCAUCGAACCGCAUGAUGGGUGGUCAUGCACUGUCUCGGAACGAGCGAUGGAUCGAGACAUCCCUCAACUUCACCACAGAUACAUUCGCGGCGGCGCAGCAGCUCAAGCAGUAUCCGGCAUGGUCUCGACCACUCGCGCAAUGGUUCAUACCCGAGAUGAAGGCCGUGCGAGAGCACCUACGCGUCGCGCGAGACGUCAUCAUCCCGUUGCUUGAACAAAGAAAACACGAUGGCCAAUCCGAGAAAGGUCACGAAAACCCGCCCGAUCUGCUCCAGAUGCUUGAAGAUGCUGCUAUAGGCCCAGAUAAAACCCCAGAGUUCCUAUCUUACACGGCUCUUGCAGUAUCCUUCGCUGCGGUACACACCAGUGCCAGCGUGCCGGCGCACCUUGUGUACGAUCUUUGCGCUCGCCCAGAGUAUAUUGCUCCACUGAGAGAAGAAGUAGAGGUGAUGCUGAGAGAGGAGAAUGGUGCAUUCACGAAGAAGGGACUGAGCAGGCUGGUGAAGAUGGAUAGUUUCAUGAAAGAGUCCCAGCGUUUCAAUCCUCUCGUCUUUUUGACAUUUGGGCGUGUGAUUCACUCUGACCUCACCCUUCACGACGGCAUCACAAUUCCAGCCGGCACCGUCAUUGGAACCGCGUCGCACGCCAUCACGCACGAUCCGAAAUUCUACGCCGACCCUGCAAAGUUCGACGGAUUCCGCUUCGUACCGGCCUCUGCCGAUUCCGAAACUGCGUCAGUGCCGCCGAGCUUCGUGACAACUAACGCAUCAAACCUGAGUUGGGGUUACGGCAAACACGCAUGCUCCGGAAGGUUCUUUGCGAGCUUUGAGAUCAAGAUGAUCAUGGCGUACCUGUUGACGAACUACGAUUUCAAGUUUGCUGUAGAAGGAAUGCAGAGACCAAAGAACAUCUCCUUCGAGCUGCAGAAUGCCCCCGAUCCGACAAUAGAGAUCUUGUUGAAAAAGAGAUUGUAA